UCAGGGGUUUUGCAGCCUCCUAGAGCAGAAAGAAAACUCCACCUACAAGCUUUAGCCAGUACUCAGCUGGACACUGAGAGAAGCCACAAGACUGCUCUAACUCCUGAUGAGAAAAGGAAUUUAGCAGUUUACAUUUACUAAAAUAAUUGCAUUUCCAUGUUGUGUGUACUGUGGGAGACCAGAUAUAGUGAAUGCAGGGUCCUGGGUUUAGUAAAAGUUUAAAAAUGAUAUAGUGAAUGCAGGGGCCGAGGAGACCAGAUAUAGAGAAUACAGGGUCCUGGG